AUGGGUAAUGACGGUGGAAGCAUCCCGACUCGCCGCGAGCUGGUGAAGGAAGCUGCGCGGAAUCCAAACACUACGCAGCUGAAGGAGACGCUUCGCGAACACCUCGAACAUUUCUGGACUACAUGUCCUUUGUCUCACAAGAGGUUACUGCAUCCUAUAGUGUCAGAUGCUGUAGGGAACUUAUACAAUAAAGAUGCCCUUUUGCAGUACCUUCUCCCCGGAGAUGAUAUCGAGGCGAUUAGCUCAAAGGCCGACUGCGAUGAAGUUCUCCAAGGAAGAGUCAAAUCGCUGCGUGAUGUGGUUGAGCUCAAGUUCGAAGCCGAUGGAAAUGCCGAAGCGCCAAAUGGGAAACAGAAAGGGCGGUGGAUCUGCCCGGUUACCCAAAAGGAGCUUGGCCCAAACGCGAAGUCUGUGUAUCUGGUUCCCUGCGGACACGUAUUUUCUGAGGGGGCCAUCCGCGAAAUGAAAGCUGAUAAAUGCUUACAAUGCAACGAGCCAUACGAAUCAACCGACAUAAUUUCAAUUCUUCCAACUGAUAAGUCAGAAAAGGAACGCCUGAAAUUGCGAGUCGAAGAAUUAUCUCAUCGGGGCCUCGCCCACUCUUUGAAAAAGCUUCCUGGAUCAAGCAAAAAGAGGAAGAAGAACCGUAUGGAUGCAAACGGCGAUGUCGAAAAUGGCAUUAAAUCAGAGCCCCCAUCAAAUGGCAAAGUCAACGGCAGCAGCAAGACGCCUAUUCUAUCUUCCACUUCUGCACCUGUGGGGAUCAAGAACGCGGACACCGCCAUGUUAACCGCCAGAGUCCUCGAGGAACAGAACGAGCGCCGCAAGCGUAAGAAGACCUCAGGGACAAGUGACGCCGUCCAAUCCCUUUUCACGUCCAAGAAUAAAAAGGGCGGGAACAAUAACAUGGACUUUAUGACUCGAGGCUUCUCAAUUCCACAUUAG